CAUGAAGGCAUAAACAUGGCAGACAGAAUGACGUCAGGAGAACCACAUGUCUGUGCAGAAAAAGUGGAGUUUAAUGAAAAAAAUCAGACCAGAUUUCCAAAGCACAUCCUUAACAGAGGCAAGAAACCUGUAUACAGAUGGUUGCUGUUUCAGACAUGACACAGAAGGACUGAAAGCAGCAUAUGCAGUUGUGGAGGACACAGGGACAGACUUUGUAACAGUGAAAGCGGAAAGACUGACACACACACAAUCAGCACAGAAAGUAGAAGUUUUGGCAGUGAUCGUGGCCCUAGAAUUAGGAGAAGGACAAAAAAUAAACAUUUACACAGACUCAGCAUAUGCCACAGGCACAGUGCAUGUUGAACUGAAGCAAUGGUUGAGAACAGGGUUUAGGACAGCAGGACAGAAACCCAUCAAGCAUGAACAGGAAAUGAGAAGGUUGGCUGAAGCAUUGCUCUUACCACAGGAGGUGGCAGUUAUCAAGUGUAAAGGACAUGAUAGCAGUGAUACCAGAGUAGCACUAGGGAAUCAGGCGGCAGAUCAAGCAGCUAAGCAGUGUGUUGGGUAUCAACCAAAAAAUAUAUUGUUGUGUUCAGAGGUAGGGUGGACACCAGAGCCCACUCUGGAGGAAGUAGUGAAACUACAAAAGGGGGCCUCACCAGAAGAAAAGUCGAUGUGGAAGGUGAGAGGAGGCAGUGAGGACCAAAAUGGACUUUGGAGGAGUCCAGACGGACGUCCAAUCUUGCCACCAGGGCUCACCACAGCAGCCCUGGAGGAAGCCCAUGGCAUGGGGCAUGUAGGAACCACACAGAUGCUGAAAAAUCUCAAACAUUGGUGGCAUCCUUAUUUAAAACCAAUGGCAGUGCAUUGGAUAAACUCAUGUGAAAUCUGCAGACAGUUCAAUGCCAAACCUACCCUGAAACCAGCGCCAGGGAAAUUCCCAGUGGAUCCUAUUGCAGGGAAAGAAAUCAUCAUUGACUAUACAGAUAUGACUGAGAGAGUGAAUGGGUUCAGAUAUCUGUUGGUAUGUGUGGAUGCAUUCACAGGAUGGCCUGAGGCCUGGCCAGCAAAAAAGGAAGACAGCAAAACAAUGGUGAAGUGCCUGAUUAAUCACUACAUCACCAGGCACGGUUUUCCUGCCAAAAUCAGAUCAGACGAUGGCACACACUUUAAAAAUGAAGAGCUGAAAGAAGUGGAAAAGUUUUUGGGUCUCAAACAUUCUUUUGGGACAGUGUACCAUCCACAGUCCCAGGGCAAGGUGGAUAGGAUGAAUCAAACACUCAAAACCAAAUUGGCUAAAAUCUGUGCACAGACCAAAAUGAAUUGGGUCACAGCUUUACCAUUAGCCUUAAUGUCAGUAAGAAGCUCUGUAAAUCAGAGGCAUGGUCUAACUCCACAUGAACCACAGAAUGGAAGACCUUUUCCAGGCCCACAUACCAGGUUGCCAUUUCUAACUGAAUGUGAACAAUCUAUGUCUCACCGUGAUUAAUGUAGAUCUCUCCACAGCUUGGUUGCAACAUUCUCAAAACAGGUGGCCGCCCAACCAUCCGAGGUUCGAGCCACCACCUCA